AUGAUGAACAGACUCGAAAAAUAUUACGAACCGCAUCCUCAACAAAUCCUUCGUAGGACUCAUAAUGCGAUGCUUAUGCUACCACCCCCGCCAUUAACUCAAGAGGAUCACGGAAGUGUUAAUUCUUCGAGAUCUCGAACAUGGAAUGGUUAUAAUUUACCCGGAAGCAAACCGAGGAUAAAAAUUAACUCUUGA